AUGAUGAAACUGAUGAUAAUCAUCAUCGACAUAAUAAUCAUCUUCUUCGUCAUAAUCAUCAUCAUCCUCGUCUUAAUAAUCUUCAUUGUCAUAUUCAUGAUCGUAAUGAUCAUCAUCAUCAUCAUCACCGUCUUCAUCAUCAUAACGAUCUUCCCCUGUCGAACCUCUGCAGAGAACCCUUGCCAGGUCAGUGUAACAGGGCCGAAGCUGGUCCAGACGGGGGCGGAGGUGAUUUUGCACUGCUCCACCGUGGGGCGCUGCCAGUACAGCCCCGAGUGGCGUAGCUCAGGGCCAGGCCCGGCCUCCAGUGAAGUCUCCGACACCCAGGGUGUGAAAACAGCCCAGCUGAGCUUCAAAGCGGACUGGUCACAUGACGGGGUGGAGUUCUCCUGUUGGCCGUCACCAAGCAACGACGCGUGCGCCUCCAGAAGCAUCACGCUGGCUGUGGAAUAUCCUCCUAAGAACACCUCAGUGUCAGUCAGCCCGUCUGGUUCAGUGUUAGAGGGCAGCUCUGUGACUCUGACCUGCAGCAGUAAUGCCAACCCAGCAGUGCAGAACUACACCUGGUAUAAAGUGAAUGGGACAGAGAUGAACACUGUAGGAACUGGACAGAAUCUCACCUUCAAUGUGACUGAGUCCAGUGGCAGUGAACAGUACUACUGUGAAGCACAGAAUGAACAUGGCAAGGAGAACUCAACAACUGUACAGCUGAAUGUGAUAUACAUGCCUCAGAUCUCUGGCUCUGGGAGCUGCAGCAGAACUGCAGCAGAGAUCAGCUGCUCCUGUGAGAGCCGUGGGAAUCCCUCUCCCAGCAUGGAGUGGCGUGUGUCUGGACUGCGGGUCACUAACUCUACUGACAGAGUCAUCAGGGAGGAGCAGCUGGGGAACACAGGCCUGAGGAGUUCCCUCACCAUGGACCAAUCACAGGGAGACACGCCCACUCUCUCCUGCGUCAGCACCAACACUCUCGGCUCCUCCAGCCUCCAGCUCCACCUCCCGUCUCCACAGCAACACUCAGGAUUUGGCAGUACAAACUGCAUUACAUCACUGCUGAUUGGUGCAGCUGCCGGUGCUGGUGCCAUGAUGAUGAUAUGCCUCAUAAUGCAGCACAUUCUAAAGUAAGAGAAACUGGGGCCUAUAAAGCCAGUGUCAGUGUAAAGGGAAAUUUCACUGUAAUUCCAUGUUAUUGUGUGAUAUUACUCAACCCUAUUGCUGCUGUCAUCAUUUUUAAACUGAGCUCAUGUAGAUGUAUCCCUGUCCCACAUCCAGAACACGCCUCUAAAACUCCACGUGUUGCUAUGACACAAAGAGUGAAUGUGGCAGCUUGGCUCAGAAAUUGAGAGGUAUUUUCAGGAGAAUGGAAAUUCACGACCUGAAGAAUCAAAAUAUUGUAACUGGCACUUUUCAAGCCAAAUCAUUUUAUCUGUGGACAAAUCCAUGUAAACAAUCGGUAUUCUGUAUUCUGCAGAAGGGGAGGCAGUUCACACAGCAAGGUGUGUGUUCAGAAGUCCCACAGAGGGGCAGUUCCUCUGAGCAUUUCUAACGUUUGUAUCACAUCACAUGGUGUUUCAGGUUCAACUUAGCCAAUCGUCAUUUGUUUUAUGUUCACUGUUCUCCUAAAUAAGGUUAACAGGGUUAGAUUUACUGCUGGAAAGAGAGAGAGCC